UUAUGCGGUUUAGGAAUUCUAACGAUAGGAUAGAAAUACAUACGUCGAAUCCCGCAACAACCGCUCACACAAACUUGUCCAGGAAGUGCCUUUACUGACUAAUGUUUAUCUGUUUUAUCCAGAUUUUUAUCCUUGAAAUUGUACCCUAACAGUGGGAUGGCAGUGCCAUUAGAGCCGCUCUGCUGUAAUUACUUUCUUGUUGCUUUUUUCUUGACGUGCACUUUACGCAUGUCAAUGCGUAAUGCAAGGCGGAUUUGGCACAAAUGGAAAUGGAAUUAAUAUGUACUGUACCUGCUAUCUACGGCAUAUGGGCAGCAUGCGCCAAAAAGAUGCUGCGAUUAUUUCCGCAGCAUUAAUGAUAUUUCUGAAUUUGGCCGAAACUGUUCCGGUUUCAUGUGAUUUAAUUUUAUCUUUCUCACAUUUUCCGUGUACUGUACUUAGUUUUUAUUAUAAUUUUCACUUGGCAUUUGAUUUGCGUUUAGAUUCCCUGGUUUUGCAAUCGCGUCAUUGUACAAAAUAUCUCAGUCCGUCGUAAUUUGUGCGCAGUACUGGUGGAUUCAGCCUUAGACCCUUAUCUGUAGGUGCUGCUUUCUGCUAGGUUGCAUCCUGAUUCUGGUUUUCUGGGUUCCUACACAUUCUUCUGAAGGCUGUGCUUAUUUGAGGUCGCAUUUCCUUUACAGUGUGCAACUGCAUUUUGACUGGAACAAAUAAAAAUGGGAACAUGAAGGGGGGAUGCUGAAAGAUUAUCUGAAGAUUAUUCAUUAGUAUUCGAACUGAAUUCGUUAGCAGAUUUUUGAUCUGCCAAUGUCUUUCAAGUUCAUUCGCCUCCUGUGACAGGUAAAUCAUUGUUGUUGAUUGAUAGUGUAUUGAUAUGGCCGCGUCUCCUCCGGCAUUUCCUUUGCGCAAUCGCAACCGCCCGGCACUGCCUCCUGGCUUCGGGCCCUGCUCCGGGAAGGAGAACAAUCCCAUUGAACCCAUCGCGCGUUUCAAAGCGGCCAUGUCGCGGGUGCGGCUGGCUGAUGGGCGCGUGAAGCGUUCCGUAGCACGGUUACACCUGGCCAAAAAGCGCGCCGAUAUGGCCACCGCCCGCGCCCGUGCUAUGCUCAAUCGGUUGAAAGCCAUCGCCGCCGAGGGACGGAAUCGCACCGUGGAGAAGUGUAUGCCGCGGCUGCAUGCACAGAUGGAACGGUCCGGCCAACUGUCCGAUCACAUGAAUAAAAUUGGGGAUCGGGUGCUGCGGAAUUUAUCCCAUCUGGAGAAGGAGACAGCGCGCGCCUGGGCAUACGCGGCCCGGGCGGAAGAAGUGUAUGCCAGUCGUGCGGCGGCCAGUGAUUCACCGGCUUCCAUGGGCGAAGAGCCGUAGGAGCACGUGGUCUCAAUUUUUUAUUUCUUUAUUAACGUGAUAUUGCACGGAUUGGGAAAUGCUUUAAAACGUGUGAAAAGAUUUUAAUGAAAUUUUUGUUAA